GAACAUUUCCCAGGACUUAUUGGACAGAUAGCAAAGAUUUAUGGAGCAGUGGGUCAUGUGAAUGAGACGAUGGCCAAGAUGUGUCUGACGUAUCUGGUGAAUCAGUUGAAUAACAUGGAACACUCAUUUCAUCAUUUACUUCUCAUGGAGAUUAGAAACCUGACAAAUACAUUUAAUGACGUCCUGGGCAUUCCAGGAAGAGAUAUGUGCAGAAUGAGUAACAGCCUGACUGCAAUAACCAAGAUUCUGAAUGAACACCUGACAGACGAUGCAAUGCCAGUAUGCAGG